AAGCAAGGUAAAGAAGGUAAACCAUCGAAUGGUUUAUACCAAAUGGAAGACAGUGCAACUGGUAGCGUUAAGGUAGAAAGUUGCAGUUGAGCAGCGCGAGUAAAUGAACUGUUAAAUUCCCAUUUAAAAAUAAAAAACGAACCUUUAACAACAAACACCGUGGAUUAAUUAUUAUUCGUUAAUUAAAUUAGUAACUUGUGAACAGUGGGUGUUACAGUGUGAUGUCAUUGAUGAUAUAAUGUGGCAUUUAAGUUUAUUUACGUUGGUGAUCUCGAUCGCUAAUUGCUUCGCGCAAAAUGGGUACUAUAAUGUGAUUGGUACUAGAAUCAUUCGACCCAACAGCGAGUACCAUGCAGCAAUUAGCAUGCACGCUACUUCAGAACCAACUACAAUCACGGCCACUUUAGAAGGACAAUCAUUCACGGGAACUCCAUUUUUAGUGCAAUUUAAAGAUGUGAUACAACCUUACUCUAGUGUAGUAGCUCGAUUCGAGGUUGGUGAUAUUGAAGACGGCGCCUACAAGCUCCAAGUAACUGGCAAUGGAGGCCAGGAGUUUCGUUCAGAAUUCGCACUUGAAUAUGUAAAGAAAAGCUACUCUGUUUACAUCCAAACUGAUCGAGCAGUCUAUCAACCGGGCUCCACUAUUCUGUUCAGAGCCAUUCUUCUAAACCCUGCAUUGAAACCUGCUGCUGAAGUUCGUGACGAACUUCUCCAUAUCCAUAUUGAGGAUGGGCAAGGAAACCGAGUGAAGGAAUGGAAAAAUAUCGUAGCUCUCAAGGGGGUGUUCUCAGAUGAACUGAAACUGAGCGAAAGCCCAGUGCUGGGCAACUGGAACAUUUCCGUUACUGUCCAUGGACAAACCUACAGUAAAUCGGUUGAAGUUGCCCAAUAUAUUCUACCAAAGUUCGUGGUCGAUGUUAAGGUUCCCAAACACAUUACUUUUAGAGACAACACCCUGUCUAUAGCAGUCGAUACUAGAUACAGCUAUGGAAAGAAAGUGGUAGGAGAAGCCACAGUAACAGCCUAUCCAACAAUUUACUCGGGAGUCAUCCAGCCAAUCUACCAGACUCCGAUUAGAAAAGUGGUGAAAAUCGAUGGAUCCAGUUUGGUUGAGUUCGACAUAGAGAAAGACUUGAGACUGAACGAUGAAUACGAAAGAGUAGUGAUAGUUGAUGUUACUAUUGAGGAGGCUCAUACGGGAAGAAGGCAGAAUAACAGCGCACAAGUCCAUAUCCAUAAGUACAAGUACAAAAUGGAUUUGAUUAAAACUGCAGACUAUUUCAAGCCAGGGCUCAGCUAUGUUGCCUAUAUCAAAGUUGCUAAUCACGAUGGAACCCCAUUGAGAAACGAAGAAAGAGACGUGGUAGUUCGGCAUGGUUAUUCCAGACAAGAUGAAGUAUAUGACGAAAAAACUCAUCGCUUGGACAAAAAUGGGGUUUUGAAGCUGGAAUACAACACUCCAAUAGAUGUUACCAAUGCAACAGCAUUACGGAUUGAAGCUGAAUAUAAAGAUCUCAAGGAGCGCAUUUCUCCAAUUCCGGCAGCAGUGUCUUAUGGAAAUACUUUCCUACAAGCUAGUCUGGAAACGGAAAAACCCAUUGUUAAUUUAGACGUGGAUAUUCUGGUCAAUUGCACUGAACCAAUGAGAUAUAUUAAUUAUGUUCUUCUAGCUAGAGGUGAUGUACUUUUAUCCAGUUCCUUCCAAAUCGACAACAAAAAUGCAGCCAACUUCAAAUUCACUGCAGUUCAUGCUAUGGUUCCCAUUUCCCAUCUUAUUGUCUACUACAUUAAAGAAGAUGGGGAACUAGUGGGAGAUGUUGUUGAUAUAGAAAUCGAUGUGCUUUUUGAUAAUUUUAUAAACAUUGAUAUAAGCACUGAUGAAACCGAGCCUGAACUUGAUGUGGAAUUGACGGUGCGAGCUCGACAAAACUCCUACAUCGGCCUAAUGGCUGUGGAUGAAAAUGUUCGAACUUUGCGCUCUGGAUAUGACAUAACUCCUCAAGACAUUGCGGAAGAUUUGACCAAAUACGACAUUGCUCAAGAGUCGCCCUAUACGUUGAUAUCAAGAAACUCUAAGAACUACUUUAUGUGGAAACCGGGCGCGAGCAAUCCACUUUCAGCAGUAUUUGAAGCCGGAGCCGAUCUACUAACAAACGCACGUAUUGACCAACGCAAACCCACUUUGGAAGACAUCUACUUACGACCAGUAUUCUACGGUUCUUCAACUGUUAAGCCUGAUAGAGGCUUUGGAGUUCAGCUACCCACAGUGACCAGACCUCCACUAGCUGGCCCAUACGCUUUCAGUAGAAUUCCGAAACCUGUUUGGAACAAACCCAAAGUGUAUCUCACUCAGAACGUAGCCGAUACGUGGCUUUUCACAAAUUUCUCCGCUGGAUACGAAGGAAAAACGUCCAUUAGACGAAAAGUGCCAGCAACGUUAAACAACUGGCUAAUCAGCGGUUUUUCUUUGGACCCCAUUCGAGGACUGGCAUUGAUGACUGAACCCAAGCGACUGAAGGUUUCCAAAUCCUUCGUGGUCUCUUUGGAUCUGCCGUAUUCGAUCCAGAAGGGAGAAAUUCUGGCAGUGCCUGUAGUAGUUUACAACUACAUGAAUCAGGAUAUAAUGGCGGAAAUUACGCUCCAUAAUACGGAGCAGAAGUUCGAAUUUGCCGAAGUUUCAAAUGAAGUAAACGCCACAAGAAAAAUCGAAUUAUAUCGCAGAAAGAAAGUAGCAGUGGGCAAAAGUUCCGGGGCUUCAGUCUCUUUCAUGAUCACCCCUUUGAAAGUCGGGCAGAUAGAGAUUAAAGUUACAGCAAAUAGUCCUCGAAACCAGGAUAUUGCAGUGAAGAAUCUUCGAGUGGAGCUUGGUGGAGAGACCGAAUAUUACACGAAAACUGUACUAAUAGACAUGCGACAAGCGAAUGUAAUAAAAAAAUCCCUCAAUUUCACAAUACCGAAGAACGCCAUAGAAGGAUCGGAAAAAAUUGAAGUUUCCACAGUUGGAAACCUCUUGGGGGCUUCCAUGCUUCACUUGGACCAUCUGAUUAGACUUCCAGCCAAUUGCGGUGAACAGAAUCUUGUGCAUUUUAUGCCAAAUCUAAUCAUAUUGCAAUACCUGAAAACCACCAACCAGCUGACUCCAACCAUCCAGAAUGAAGCCAUCGGCUUCCUGGAAAAGAGCUACCAAAAGCAGCUGCAAUACAAACGCGCUGAUGGCUCAUUUAGUCCAUUUGGUGAUCGCGAUCCAUCAGCCAACGUGUGGCUAACAGCGUAUGUGGCGUUAGCAUUCAAGCAAGCCAGGCAAUUCAUUUAUGUGGAUGACCACAUUAUCAAAUCAUCGCUUGAAUGGCUGCAGAAUAUCCAAGGAAGCAAUGGAAGCUUUGUGGAAACAGGCACUGUUAUAUAUGAUGACUUACAAAAUCGGGAUGGAAAUAGUCUGGCUAUGACUGCUUUUGUUGUUCUGGCUUUUAUUGAAAAUCAGAGCAGCUUUAACGCCAACUACACCAACGUGAUCUACAAAGGCCUGGACUACAUAACUCGAUAUAUGGACGAAUCAGAAUCGACCUACACAAUUGCAAUUUGCAGUUAUGUGAUGUACUUAGCGAAACAUACAUCCCGACAAAGCGUGUUCAAUUUACUGGAUUCAAGAGCCAAAUUGGAAAACGACUUAAAAUGGUGGGCGAAAGACACCCUUAGUAAAGAAGAUAAAAACCCUUGGAGGCAUCGACCGCGAUCCGUAGAUAUCGAAAUGACUUCCUAUGGACUGCUUACCUUCUUGGAAGCCAACUUACUAGACGACGCGGUGCCAGUGUUAAACUGGCUGGUGAACCAGCAGAACAACAUUGGAGGUUUUACUUCAUCCAGAGAUACCGUCGUAGGGCUGCACGCCCUUUAUAAGAUGGUGUUGAGGCUGAGUAGUCCAGUGAAUUUACAAAUUGAAUUCGCUUAUAACAAUGGGAAAACUGGAAAAUUCAGCAUCAAUCAGAACACUGCUAUGAUUCUUCAAUCGGCAGAGGUUGAUAAAGCCACUAGGGAGGUAAAUGUUACAGCCCAAGGAAACGGAAUCGGCAUUUUCAGGGUAUCUUAUCAGUACAACAUGAACGUGACUGGCCCCUGGCCAUUAUUCACCUUGGACCCUCAAGUGGACAAGAACUCAAAUGUUGAUCAUCUCCAACUUUCCAUUUGUACCGCAUUUGCUAGCCGCAACCUCUCGUUUACACCUCUAAGUAACAUGGCAGUAAUGGAAGUAACUUUACCCUCAGGAUUCACUGCCGAUGGCGACUCUCUGCCCAGCUUGGAGGUAUCUCAAAACGUCCAAAAAGUCGCUACUAGUCACGAAAAUACCAAGAUUUUAUUGUAUUUUAAUAACUUGACUGUUACCGAAUACUGUCCAACAGUUUCUGCCUUCAGGACGCAUAAAGUAGCCAAACAAAAAGCUGUUCCAGUUGUUAUUUACGACUACUAUGAUACAUCAAGACGAGCGCGUAUAUUCUACAGAGGACCCAAAUCCACACUGUGCGAUAUAUGCGAAGGAGAAGAUUGCGGAGAUAUUUGCGAAGCCAUCUUCGUAGCGCAAAAGAGCCAAGAAAGCGACAGCGAAUCGGCCGGAAAUUCUAUCAAGAUAUCCGCCGUUAUUUUGAUAUUUGCCUCUAUUUUAAGCGUAUUUUAGACAGAUACUAAAGUUUUUGGCAAAGUAAUAACUUUGUAAAAAUAUCUACCUCUAAUACGAAGCAUUCACUUCAGGACUUAAGUUUAAUUAUCUGCUGACUAACGCAAAUCUACCUUCAUUCAUUCGAUAUGCGCGCAGUUUUCGAUGUAACACAUUCCGGAUGAUUAGUUUUGAAUGCAUUCGUACAAAACUGGGAUGUUUUUUAUGUAAAUUCUAAUUUGUAAGUGUUAUGUAAAUAGCAACUAAUCCUUAUGUACGUUGACUUAAAGCAAAAAAAUUAGUGCCAUCUUUGUUACACUCCUAAACUGGAUAAGAAUAUUGGGAACAGAUUAACUUGCCUGAGUAUUAAGUAAUAAACACAAUCGUUUAACAUAUA